GUUCCCGGAGCCGGCGCGUCCUCCGCCUUUACGCGGAGUCCAGCGACCCCGAGCGAGGAGAGCGCCUCCGGAGUUGAGAGGCAGGACCCUGCGUCUCCUCUUCCUCCCGCUCGGGCCGAGGCUGAGUCGCGGUUGGCCAGGCCCCAGGACGCCCCCCAUGGCGGGCCCGCGGGUCGAGGUGGACGGCAGCAUCAUGGAAGGGGGCGGGCAGAUCUUGAGGGUGUCUACGGCCCUGAGCUGUCUCCUGGGCCUCCCCUUGCGGGUGCAGAAGAUCCGAGCAGGCCGCAGCACGCCGGGCCUUAGGCCUCAGCAUUUAUCUGGACUGGAAAUGAUUCGAGAUUUCUGUGAUGGGCAACUGGAGGGGGCAGAAAUCGGCUCAACAGAAAUAAUGUUUACGCCAGAGAAGAUCAAAGGUGGAGUCCACACAGCAGAUACCAAGACAGCAGGGAGUGUAUGCCUCUUGAUGCAGGUCUCAAUGCCCUGUGCUCUCUUUGCUGCUUGUCCAUCAGAACUUCGUUUGAAAGGUGGAACUAAUGCUGAAAUGGCACCACAGAUUGAUUACACAGCCAUGGUUUUCAAGCCAAUUGUUGAAAAAUUUGGUUUCACAUUUAAUUGUGACAUUAAAAUGAGGGGCUACUACCCGAAAGGAGGUGGUGAAGUGAUUAUCCACAUGUCGCCAGUUAAACAGUUGAACCCAAUAAAUUUAACUGACCGUGGCUCUGUGACUAAGAUAUAUGGAAGAGCUUUUGUUGCUGGUGUUUUGCCAUUUAAAGUAGCAAAAGAUAUGGCAGCGGCAGCCGUAAGAUGCAUCAGAAAGGAGAUUAGGGAUCUGUAUGUUAACAUCCAGCCUGUUCAGGAAACUAAAGACCAAGCUUUUGGCAAUGGAAGUGGAAUAAUCAUUAUUGCUGAGACAUCCACUGGCUGUUUGUUCGCUGGAUCAUCGCUUGGUAAACGAGGUGUUAAUGCAGACAAGGUUGGAAUUGAAGCUGCUGAAAUGCUGUUAGCAAAUCUUAGACAUGGCGGUGCUGUGGAUGAGUAUCUGCAAGACCAGUUGAUCAUUUUCAUGGCAUUAGCCAGUGGAAUUUCCAGAAUAAAAACAGGACCAGUUACACUCCAUACCCAAACGGCUAUACAUUUUGCUGAACAACUAGCAAAGGCUAAAUUUACUGUGAAGAAAUCAGAAGAUGAAGAAGAUGCUUCUAAAGAUACUUACAUUAUUGAGUGCCAAGGAAUCGGGAUGACAAAUCCAAAUCUAUAGGGUAUUUGCCUCUUAAAUGAUACCUCAAUGAUGUAUUGCACUAAUCAUUUCAUAAAUAUUAUAUAGAACAAUGAAUAAGCAGUAACUUAUUAAAGGACCUGACUUAAAUUUAGAGAUGAAAUACAGAAAGUUCUAGAUUUGCUGGGACUGCUUCGUCCUAUUAAUCUCACUUUGACUGUCUUCUGAGAUAGAUAGGGACAGCGAAGUUUAAGAGUUGGUGAAUAUGUAUGAUAGCUGAUUUCAGUAUUAAAGUAUUGAAAUAAAAUAUU